AUGCUGAAGACGAUUCUCGGUAUUGUUCUUGUCGCGUCCACCUCGUUGGUCUCAGGGCAUGAAAACUGGAACCAGUGUUAUUACGACAAAGGCGCCGUCGCUCCUCCUGAGCUUCUGCCAUGCCAGAAUGAGACGGACGUGGGUCCGAAUGACUACGCCUGGUGCUGCUUUGCGGGCCAUGAGUGUUUGGACCAUAACAGCUGCUGGGACCCAAAGACAACCAACACAUACCAGUAUGGCUGCAAUGACGAAACUUAUUCUCAUUCAAGCUGCCCGCACAAGGGUGAUCUAGAUCGAGGCAAGUCCCCGUGGAUUGGCCUUGUCCGGUGCGACAACAAAGACAGAGAAAGCGAAGACCAACCUUGGGUCUGCAACCACCCGGACACCUGCGGCGAUAGGUGUCCCCUUGAGCCGGGCAACGAGGAUGCUACGAUGCCCAUUUGGCCUUUUACAAUGAUUAACCUGCCGGAUCUGCCCAACCGCUGCACAGACCUGGGCAAACAAGUCACUGCGAUCUUUGCCCCUAUUCCGAUUCCCAGCAAAGGAUUUGUACCCGACGAAGCAACCGAUAUAGGCUCCAAGCCUCAAGCAACUAGAGUUCCUAUCAGAGACUCCGAUGAUGGUGGAUUGAGCACAGGCGCCAUUGCAGGUAUUGCAGUCGGGGCAGCUCUGGGCGGUAUUGCUAUUCUCGCAGCCGUCUUCUUCAUGUGGCGGCGACGUCGUGGAAAGGCCCAGGCCCAAACAUCAGCACCUACACCGGCACCGGCACCAGCGCAAGAUCCCCAGUCCUCUCCCGCUCCUCAAUAUUACUCACCGGGAAUGCCGUCGUCUCCAGCACCGUAUCAGGGCUACGACAAGCAAAACAUCGUGUAUCCCAACUCGCCCUCGACCUUCUCAGACGGCACGGGCAUCCAGCGGCCUGUGUCGGACAUGAGCAUGAGCACCGUCUCCCCGACGCCCGUGGGAUCCCCACGACCUCAUCCCUCGCAAUACUAUCAGCAAGGAGGCCACCCGUCUCAGGGUACCUAUGGACAUGGAUCACACGCGGAGCUUUCGCAUGACGCAAGAGCGGUGUACGAGAUGCCCGAGAUUCGGGAGAAGCCUGAUAGAUCUGAGCUACCGUGA